GCCAGGGCUCCAAAUAGAAGCCCAUUUAUGUAAACCCAAAAAGAGCGGGUUGAAGGAGUGAGUAGACCGGGUCAUCUGGGUUCACUCACUUUCUAACAGUGAAGCAUCAGAAGGGUGAAAUUUUGUGAAUCCCCUUCCCAAGUGUUCAGAUUUUUUGGACUCAUACAAUGCAACGAGUAUCAGGAAGAGUGUCUAGGAUCAUAACCUCUUCAGUGGCAAGUCUCCUCGUCCGUGCUUCAUCCACCCAGUCGUUUGGUACCUUCUCUGUGAAACCAAAUUUUCGGAAACUGCAACAAGGUAUUCCAGGUGAUUUUCCGAAAUGGGGUUCACUUGGGUUCUGCCGGACCUUAGGUUUCGCUUCCGGGUUCACGCCGUUGCAACCAAAGCCCUUGGGUUCAAUUCUUGAUAUCGAGAGGGUAAAGGACCGCUCAUCCGAGGACAUCGCUUCGAUUUGGGAUGAUUAUCACUUGGGAAGAGGUCAUAUUGCUGCAUCCAUGAAACCGAAACUGUAUCAUCUGUUAGAGCACAGAGCAGCAAAUUGCCGGCAUUUUGUCAUUCCUUUGUGGAGAGGAAGUGGUUAUGCAACAAUGUUCGCUCAAGUUCAAAUGCAACACAUGAUUUUCACUGGUCUUGAAGAUUACAAGGCAAGAGGAACUCAAGCAGCUCCCUACUUCACUGUCACUUUUUACACAGACUUUGCAGAAAGUAAGGAUUUGGUGCUUAUCCGGGGAGAUAUUGUGUUCACCAGCAAGCUCAGUGACUCAGAGGCGAAAUGGCUUUUGGAGACUGCUCAGUCUUUUUAUUUGAAUGAUGUCAGGUACAAGCUGGUUGAACGCUUCAACAAAGAAACCCGUGAAUUUGAAUUCAAGGAUGUGUUACAAGCACUCGACAUGCCUGUCCUGUGAUUUUGAUAAAUAAAGGAAAUACAGCUGACAUUAACAAGAGAGGACUGGAUUGGUGGAAAAAUAAUUAUCAGCGUAGCGAUUGCAACAGUAAUCAUAGGAGCUUCACCCCACAGUUCAUUUGAUAUACUGGGCAAAAAUGAUUCAUGAUCUUCAAUCUCUGGGAUUAUUUAUUAUACAUUUAAGUGCACAUUGAAGAUUCUAGCUAUAGUUUCCAGAUUUACACAGGCGAGUCAUCUCAGUCCUUUUUCUCUGGAAUUUUCUGUGACCGUUUUAACAGCACGUUGAAUGUGCUUCGCUUAUAUAUUGUAGUAUUUUCAGGUGAUGAAAUUAUUAUAUUCCUCUC